UGUUUUGGCGGCAACGAGUUUUGGCCGCAAGAAGAGUAAUGUUUAUUUAAAUAAAACGCAGUUUGAAGAACGGCCCAAGAAUGACGCAGGAAAGCGCGGUGCACGAGGCGCUGAAGAGGCACUUUGGCCACUCGAAAUUCAAAUCGGAGCUGCAGGAGAAGGCCGUGAAGUGCGCCGUCAAAAAAAAGCAGGAUGUGUAUGUGUCGAUGCCCACGGGCUCGGGUAAAUCCCUGUGCUUCCAGCUGCCCGGCUUGAUGUCCGAGAAUCAAAUAACCAUCGUUUUCUCACCGCUUUUGGCCCUGAUCAAGGAUCAAAUAGACCAUUUGACCAAGCUCAAGGUGCCUGCCGAUUCGCUGAACUCGAAGAUGAGCACCAAGGAACGGGAUCGCGUUAUAAUGGAUUUGCGGGCGGUGAAAACGAAUCUGAGGUUUCUCUACAUCACCCCGGAACAGGCGGCCACCAAGUUUUUCCAGGAACUACUGCAAACCCUUCACAAACACAAAAAACUGGCCUAUUUCGCGGUGGACGAGGCCCACUGCGUUAGCCAGUGGGGUCAUGACUUCAGGCCCGACUACCUCAAGCUGGGGGAGCUGCGUUCCAAGUAUCCGGACAUCACCUGGUUGGCCCUGACUGCCACAGCCUCGCGGGAAGUCAAGGAGGAUAUAUACAAGCAGCUGCGUCUGCACCAGCCUGUGGCCCAAUUCAGCACUCCCAGCUUCAGGAAGAACCUCUUCUACGACAUUGUGUACAAGAACUCAAUAGAGGAUGAUUUUCAGCACCUGGCAGACUUUGCCAGGCAUUGUUUGGGCGAUCCCAAGGAGUUCAAGGAGCAGCCCAAGCCCCAAAGAGGCUGUGGAAUCGUGUACUGCCGAACUCGCGAUCAGGUGGAACGCAUGGCGAUAGGGGUCAGCAAGCAGGGAGUCGGAGCAGUGGCCUACCAUGCUGGUCUGAAGACAGGGGAACGCACUGAGGUUCAGGAAGCCUGGAUGCGGGGCGAUCAGCCCAUCAUAUGCGCCACCAACAGCUUUGGCAUGGGCGUGGAUAAGCCGAGUGUGCGGUUCGUAAUCCACUGGGAUGUACCCCAAAAUGUGGCCGCCUAUUAUCAGGAAUCUGGUCGCGCUGGACGCGAUGGCUUGCAGUCAUAUUGUAGACUAUACUAUGCUCGUGAAGAUGUCCGAAGCAUACGUUUCCUGCUUCAAAACGAUGCCAACAGAGCGAGGGGUCGUGGUGAUAAGGAGCUGCUCACAGAGAGGGCCAUAAAGCAGUUUGAAAAGAUCACUGAGUUUUGUGAACGGAUCACCUGCAGGCACAAGCUUUUCUCGGACUUCUUUGGGGAUCCAGCGCCGGAUUGUAAUAACCAAUGUGAUGUCUGCAAGCGUCCCAAAAAAGUGGAGAAGGCGCUGGAGAUGUUCCAUCGAUUGACUAUGGAUGACACCUUUAAGUCGCACAUUUCAAUGCAGGAUUGCGCAGAUCUGUAUGAAGGAGGUCGCCCUGGUAUAAAACGUGCUGCCCAGGAGUACGCAGCCGGUGAAUCCGGUUCUGAUGACGAUUCCGGCCAGAGUCACUCCUCCAUGGCAAAGAAAGCCAAGAGGGAAUCGGAGGAUUUUAUAAAGCAACAGUUCAAGCUGAGAAAACAAAUCAGUGCAGCUCGGCAGCUGGAACAAGAAACUGCCGCCCAAAUCUCACGCAUCCGACAGGCGGAAGCCACUGAGAAGAAAAUCGCCGGACUUCAGUCCACCCAUCGGGAGAAAUAUCUCACAGCCAUCAUCGAUGCACUGAAAGCCAAUGUGGAGAAGUGCAAGGAGGACCCGGAGCAGCAGCCAAAAAGUGUACUAAAAUAUAAUGACUACGAAGCAAUAGCAGUGGAUAUGGAAUAUGACGUGUUUCGCCAGAAUAAAGUGGCAAAUAUGUACCGACAUGCCUUAGUAAAAGAGAUUUCCAUCAUUAAGCAAAAAACAGGAAAGACGCAAUUGCUGCCUUUAUUGGUGGAUUAUAUUCCAAAGCCGGAAACGAGUUCCAAAGGAGUCUGGACAGGAGGAAGUGUGGCGUAUUUUGAGCGGAAGCUAAAGGAACUGGAAGAACAGAAACCCCAAAGUCUAAAGGUGCCUAAAGCUUUGAAAGAAAGAAAGGGAUUCAAACAGGAAAACAGCAAGCAGACGUCGAUUUCCUCCUUUUUCAAAAAAGAGAUCAAAGAUGAGCCAUCCGAAUCGUCGAAUGAAGAAGAUGGUGUCACUAUUAAAAAAGAAGCUGCUGAAAUUCAAGAGGAAACAGAAGAAAAAGAAACUAAAGAAGAAGCCUCUCCCAAGCAAGUUAAAAAAGAGCCCAUGGAUCAAGAAAGCACUGAUCCAGAGCUUGAACUUCAACCCGACAGCAUAAUUGGCGAAAGGAAAUUCAAACUGAUGUCCAACGGCGAUGGCAGCUACGACACCCAUCGCAGAAAAAGAGUUUCGCACCAAAACCAACCCAAAGAGAAAGAAUCAAAAAAGACAACGUCCAGCAUGCAGCAUCUUUUUGGUUCUUUUAAAAGCGAAUCUGAAGAGGAGUCGGAGCAACCAUCGAUUGGUUUCAAAACCGCUCGGCAAAUGCUCCAGGAAAGGGAAGAAAAAUUAGGCAGCAUAACUGAAGAAGUGGGUUCUAAGGAAACUGAGAAGCAGCAGUCGGAAAAUAAUUCCGAAUCUAUUGGCUUCAUUUCAGCCAGAGAAAUGUUGGAGAGAAAUAAGCUUAAGAAAGAGGAGAAGAGGGAACAAUCAAAUAGAAAACCUGAAACACUAGGAUUUAUUUCCGCCAGAGAAAUGUUGGAGAAGAACAAACUUAAGGAAAAGAGUUUGGAGAAAAGAGAAGUUAAGGAUAAUAAGUUAGAAAGUAAGGAACCAAAGGGAACACAGGACGAUGACAGAAUGGAAUCUGAGAAUAAAGAAGACCGUGACAGGAAAUCUCAAAAAGAAAAGCCAAAAGAAGCAAAAUCGGACGUAGAGAAGAUUAGGGACUUAAAAUCAAGUAGACGUGAGCCCAAAGAAUCAGAAAAGCAUCUAAAAAACAUAGCGACCGGUAGGAAAGACUCAAAGGAAGCAUCGUCGGAGGUGAAAAAAGAAAAGGAGGCCGCCGACUCUAAGAGAACUUCGCAAAAGGACGCAAAGCCAGAAAAGGUCCAGCAAAAGAACGAUGUCAGCAAAAACGUGGUGCAGUGGCUCAAUCCCUACUAUAAACGAAAAAUAGCCACCAAAGAGCUUUUCAAAGCACUGGCAAAAUUGCUCACUCAGCGCAUUUGUGAUGGAAGUUUGGGUGACGGCGAUGCUGGGAAGUGCUACAUCAAGGAGACCUUCCAUGGCCUGCAGAUGAUCAACAACGAUCAAGACAUUGAGAAAUACUUUAUCAAGUCCAAGUAACUUCCAAUAGCUCCAUCCCCAAGCCGCAUGACUUCAUCACAACGAAUUGUUUCGCCUUGUUAACAGU